UUCAGAUUUUUGUUGUGAGAGCUACGGACAUGGCUCAUGGAAAUUGUGCAUGUGGAAUCCCUUUGAAGAUGCUGACAUCAUGGACUGAUGACAAUCCUGGAAGACGGUUCAUUACUUGCUCAACAUUAAAGGGAAAGGGAGGAUGUAAAAUGUUUGAAUGGAUUGAUCCAGAAAUGUGUCCACGGUCGAAGAUGAUUAUCCCAGGUCUGCUGAGGAAAAUAAACAAGCUACAAGUUGAACUUGAGGAGAAAAAUGCAAUGCCAAAGAAGAAGAAGAAAUGGACUGUCUUAUGGUGUGUUGUGGGAGGAAUGAUGCUACUAGGUUCAUGGAUUGUUUGUUUUGACAUUGGAAGCAAAAAUAAGUUAGGUUGGGACUAUUGCGAGGCUCUAAUGAUCUAAAUGUGUAGUUCAAUGUAGGAUAUAU